AUGCUGAGGGUGUGCCAUCCAUCGAAAUUACGCAAUCGUGUCCUGCAGAUCUCGAAGGGAAUCGACGAGGCGGGGGGAUUGCAAUGGGAACUCGUGCUCGCCCUCUUCGUCGCCUGGGUCCUCGUCUAUUUCGCCAUCUGGAAGGGGGUCAAAUGGACCGGCAAGGUGGUGUGGUUCACGGCUCUGUUCCCGUACUUGUGCAUGUUGUGCUUGUUCGUGAGGGGGAUCACGCUGCCCGGCGCGGAACUCGGCAUCAAGUACUAUCUCACUCCGGAUUUCAGCAGGCUCCAAGAACCUCAAGUAAAUCCGACGUUUCUGCUUUUCGACGAGGACAGACUGAGGCAGAUGGAAGAGAAGUGGACAGAGGAGGAUUGGAAGUGGAAAGAGGAGGAUUGGACGAGGAGGUUUUCUUUCCACGACGGUUUGAAGGAACUCCGUCGCUUUUCCCUGCAGGUCUGGACGGAUGCAGCGACGCAGAUCUUCUUCUCGUACGGCCUCGCUCUCGGCACUCUCAUCGCUCUCGGCAGCUACAACAAGUUCCACAACAACUGCUAUCGGCAGGCGAUUUUCGUCUGCUUCGUCAACUCUGGCACGAGUUUCUUCGCCGGUUUCGUCGUGUUCUCCGUUCUCGGCUACAUGGCGAAGCAGCGAGACGUCCAUCGUUCCCAACGGCGAGCCCGGAAUGGGGUUUCGGAAACUCCCAUUCGCAAGUGA